CAAUGUCAAAAGCCCAAGAAGUAGUUUUAUAAUCAUUCUUUAAAAUGAUAAUUUUUCAAGCCUUCAAAUCAGUUAAAACACAACACAAUAUUUGAAUCUCACUCUGCAUACAGUGAGCUCAUUAGCCUUCUUCUCCAUGUCCACCAUCUCCACAUACAAAUUACAAUCUCAAGGCUUCAUUGAUCUCACGUGUUUGUGAAUAGCCAGUAAUCAGCAUCGUAUAUAAGAUGUCAUAUCCUGUUCAGUCAUUUCACCGAACACUUUGCGUGCACUCUCCAUAUCAGUACCAACGACGGACGGAGGUGGACCCCACCGUUGAUCCAAUGGAAAUCCCUUUCCUUUCAUUGUUGUACACAAAUAGUAAGUCUUCCACUAAUACCAAAGUCUUCCAUGACUCACAAUCCUAUCGCUUUCCUCCUCGUCUCUCACAUCUCUAAAAUAACAAAUCGAGCUCCGGCCAUUGCGCAGUAAUGGCAGCUUAUGCCGCUCUUGUCUCCCUUGCUCAAACCACGACUCGUUAUACAAAUCAUGCCAAGUCUCAGUUCUCUAUCGAUGCAAAACAAAAAAUUGGAUCGAUUUACGACUAUGCAAUUAUGUUGCUUACCUUCCUCGAAGAUUAUUCAGAGAGAUCCAACCGUUGGGAGGGCAAGCUGAGGGAUUUAGCUCAUGAAGCUGAAGAUAUUAUCGAACAGUAUAUGUCCCAUCUGUCAUAUAACAGAUGGAUUAAGCCAUCAGAGUUGAAAUUUGAAGACCAGCUGAGUAAUGUAACUCAAAAAUUAGGUUUAAUGGUUGGAGAUCUGAUGGAAAAUCUACCUGCUCACUCUCCUCUUGAUGUCUCAUCAUCAUCAUCGUUGUCAUCAUCAUCAUCAUCAAGAGUUGCACCGGCUGGAAAAAGUAGGGUGGUUGGUUUAGAUGGCGAUGUGAUAGCAGUGAAAGAGAGGCUAUGUGGGAUGUCAUCAAAACGACAAGUCAUCUCCAUACUGGGAAUAAGUGGUAUUGGUAAGACCACUCUUGCUAAAACUAUUUAUGAUGAUCCACUUAUCGUAGAGUAUUUUCAUAUCCGUGUUUGGAUCACAAUAUCACAAGAUUUCAAUUGGCCUAAAGGCCUUUUGGGUGUUCUAGAUUCAAUAAACUUGAUGGAACAACAAUUGUGCUUAGAUGAUAAAGAUUCAAAGGAAUUUGGGGAAGAGCAAAUGGGUAGGGGUAGUAGGGGUAGUGACGAGACAGAUGAUUUUACAAAAGUGUACAAAAAGUUAAAGGGCAGGAGGUAUUUGAUUGUAAUGGAUGAUGUUUGGAGCUCAAAGAUUUGGGAUGAAGUGAGGAACGCAUUACCGGAUGAUAAUAAUGGAAGUCGAAUUGUGUUAACCACAAGGCUACCGGAUGUAGCUGUUUAUCCGGACUCCACUUGUGCUCCUCAUGAGAUGAGGUUCAUGAACGGUUCUGAAAGUUGGGAUUUGCUUAAGGGAAGGGUGUUUGCAAACAGCGAUUGUCCACCUGAAUUGGAAGAUGUUGGGAAAAAGAUUGCGAGAAGUUGUGGCGGACUACCCCUUGCUGUUGUCUUGGUUGCUGGAAUCUUGUCUGAAGUUAACAAUAAUCCAUCUUCUUGGGAGGAAAUUGCUGAAAAUGUAAAUCCAAUUGUUGGUCAGGAGUUGGAGGAGAUACUAUCUUUGAGUUACAUGCACUUGUCUCAUCAUUUGAGGUCUUGUUUUCUCUUCAUGGCAAUGUUUCCUGAAGAUGAAAAUAUCCGUGCUUCAAGGCUUAUUAGAUUAUGGGUAGCUGAGGGUUUCUUGAAGCAUCAUAGUGGAUAUAGUAAAAGCAUAGAAGAAGAGGCAGAGGAGUAUUUGGAGGAUCUAGUCAAGAGAAAUCUUGUAACUGUAAAUAGUAAGAAGAGUGAUGGAAAAAUCAAGUGUUGCAGCCUCCAUGAUAUGGUUCGAGACCUGUGCAUAAGGAAAGCGCAUGAUGAGAAGUUUCUUCGUGUUAUCCAUGGUCAUGUCAUUCCACAAAGCAUGAUAAAUGAGCGACGCAUCAGUUUGAGGCUUUCUAGUAUAGCUGACAUUUGGUGCCCAACCGCCCAUUCCAUGCUAUGCUUCGAAAUCCAGAGUUUCCCUAGCUCACCAACCUUUCUAAGACGUUUCAGAUUGCUUAGGAUAUUGGACGCUGUGAGCCAAAGAUCAAAAGAACUCCCUUCCCAAGUAUUUGAGUUGUAUCAUUUAAAAUAUCUUACUUUAGUUUGUUCUUAUAAUGUUCCCUCACCAAUAUCUAAUCUUGUGAAUCUUCAAACCUUAAUCAUUCUUCCAACUUCAGACAUGCCUUCAGCCUCUACCAAGCCUAAAAUAAUUUAUGCAAGGAAAAUACAUGGAGAUUGGGAGGAUGUCUCAACUAAGGUAUCUCAUUUCUAUCUGUCAUUGGAGAUUUGGAGGAUGUCUCAAUUAAGACAUCUUAUUUCCCAUUGUCCUUGUAUCCUACCUCGUCUUCCAGAUGGAUCAAACCUUCCUCUAGAAAAUAUCCAAACUCUUGCCUACAUAAAAGAUGUUGUGUGGACUGAAAAGAUCUUGCAAAUGAUUCCAAAUGUCAAAAGAUUGGGACUUGUGUACGAAAUUUAUAAAAGGUGCGACCUCCACCUUCUCAAGCAUCUCCAUCACCUUCAAAAGUUGGAACUAUUUGGGCCUCGCAGUUGUUUUUGGGUGGGGCAGUACAACCUACUUACUAUACCUAGGACACUUAAAAAGUUGACCUUGCAGGGUGGUAAAUUUCCUUUUGAAGAUAUGAGCAUUAUUGGUUCAUUGCCUAAUCUGCAAGUGUUUAAGCUAAGAAAUCAACCUUUUGGUAAAACGUGGGAAACAACUGAUGGAGAGUUUCCUCAGCUGAGAUAUUUGCUAAUUGAGAAAUCAGGUCUCCAGCACUGGAUAACUGAGAGCAGUCACUUUCCAAGACUAAAGCACUUAGUGCUUCGUUUUUGUGAGAGCUUAAGGGAGGUUCCACAAGGUAUAGGAGAAAUACCGACACUAGAAUUGAUUGAAGUGGAUUCUAGUAUCAAGUCUCUUUUGAAGUCAGCGAAGCAGAUAGCUGAGGAUCAACAGAGCUAUGGAAAUUAUGAUCUUCAUGUUCGUGCCUCCUAUUUCAGUCUUGAUGAGAUUAUGAUGAGGGAGCGGGAGCAGCGGUGGAGGGAGCGGGAGCGGGAGCGGCAGCAGAGGCAGAAGCUUCUGUAGAGACACACAAGGUUGGCCUAGAAGAUUUGUAUUCGCACACAUAAAACGAACUGAAGCUCUUCUAUUUGUAGCUUUUGUUUCUCCCUCGGUUGGAUUUCUACACAAAUGCCUCUUUCUAAAUAGUACAUAAGCAAACAUUAUUAUGCGUGUAUAUUUGUUUGGAUUAUUACUUGGAUUUGACAAUGACUGAUUUGGUAUGUAUGGCUUCGACAUCUUAUGAUAUUUAGGCAGGUGGAUGAUUGUCAUUAA